AGGAAUUUCUACGUCAAUUUGGCUUCAAGACAUUGAAAAGUUGUAUUGUCGUCUGGUUAAAAAAUUAUUUCGCGUAAAAUAUUAUUUCUAUUCCGUUAAAAAAAUUUUACUGUUUAAUAAAGAAAGAAAUUAAUGUAAUGUAUACUCAGAGGUCUCUCUCUUCCAUGUAUCUGUUUAAAAUACAACAAUGGGAGAUCAGCUUUCUGGAGUUGCAGUUAUCAUAUGUAUUGCUUUUGGAAUUAUGACUUUUAUUUUGUUGUUCAUUUUUGCAAAGAGGCAAAUAACUCGAUUUACAUUAAAAUCAAGAUAUGGACCUCAUGUUCCAAUUGGGUAUGAUGCACCUAAAGUUUUAAGGCAAGAAAUAGACAGACAAUUAGAAAUUGUGAAACAUAUCCAGUGUAAGCCAAAAUUAUAUAAUGAUGAUUUCAAAUACAUUGAAAAUAAUAAGUAUCCUUUCUUCCCUGUUAUAACAACUAAUAGGAAAAUUCAGACAUCUCUGGUUGUUAUCUCUAAAUUAUGUACAUCGGAUGAAAGUUGUGGAUAUUUUGGCAUCAUUAGUGAUCCUUGUAAGAGGUUGCCAAAUCAAGAUAUAAGGCAUCAUUUACUCUUCUUAUCACAAUCAGGGUUAUUAAUUGGAUGUGAUACACAGUUAAUUCAUAAAUUUGUUGAUAUUUAUGAGCAUGCACGGCAUCAACCAGAGGAAUUCAACUUUGAACAUUAUAUUUUAUUUAUUGAGUUAAUGGAACAGAUCUAUAAGUGCUUAAAUGAAAACUGUCCAUCACAGAAAUUAGAUGGAAGUAAAUUAAAAGUUCUCACUGAACAUCUUAAGAACUUUAUGGAUGUGGAUGAGAAAAUGAAUGAGAAACAGCCUCCAAUAUUGUUGAAAAGGCCAAUGUCUCUAAAUAUGAACAAAGAAGAAUCUAUGAAUGAAACAACUGUUUAGCUUCCCUGUUCACUUUACAAAUUGUCAUCCAUAUUAAUCAAAAAGGAUUGGUUUCCAUUUGAAAAUUGUAAGGAAACAAUUUUCAACCAGUUGCCUUUAAAUUCUGAGCCUCUUCUCUUUCCCAGGUGAAUGGUUUCAAAUGGAUAUAUAUUAAAUUGAAGAUCAAAGCUAUAUUUUUUUAAAUAAGUUGUAAUGUAGUUGUAAACUUUUGCAAUCAAGAUAAAAAAAAAAUACAGUAAAUUUCUUUCACUUUUAUAUCACUUUUCUAAAAUUUUGUUUCUAUUUUCCUUAUAAAAUUUGAUAUUUUAAAUCUAUUUUGUCAUAUGAAAAUAUUUAGGUUAAAUGCUUAUUUGUGAAUAUUCUGUAUAUAUCGGAACAAAAAAAUUUAUUUAUUAAGUAUUGAUGACA